AUGGCGGACAAGCCGAACAAGCUCGCCUUCCUGUCCAUGCAGGCGCCGGCCGGCUACGUCGCUGGUCUCGGUCGUGGCGCUUCGGGCUUCACCACCCGAGCCGACAUCGGGCCUGCGCGUCUUGCCGCCAGCUCAUCGAAGAAGACGGAAGGAGACGACGCAGAUGGUGCUGCCGACAACGACGACGACGAUGGGCCGGGGCAGGAGGCAGAGGCGCAGUUCGAAGACCCCGAGAACGAGACGGGCCUCUUUGCCGGUGCCGUGUACGAGAAGGAUGACGAGGAAGCGGAUCGCAUCUGGGAGGCGGUCGAUGCACGAAUGGAUCAGCGUCGCAAGAAGUUCCGCGACGCAAGAGAACGCGAGGAGCGCGAAAAGGCGAGAGCAGAGAAGCCGCAGAUCCAGGCGCAAUUUGCCGAUCUCAAACGAGGACUCAGCGCGGUGACGGAGGACGAGUGGGCGUCGCUCACCGAGUCCGGCAGCGUCACUGGCAAACGCAGAAAGGCAGCUGCGAAGCGCGAGGCGCGAAACACACGAUCUUUCGCCAUCUCGGAUACCAUCCUCGUCGGCAACCGAGACAAGAACGCCGUCGAGUCUGCACUCACUUCGGACCAGAUGGCUGACGCAGAGGAUGCAGGAGGCACCAUCACCUCGCUCUCCGAGAUCGGAGAGGCAAGAAACAAGAUCUUCAGCCAUCAACUCGACGCAGCCUCCUCCUCCUCUGGUACAGCUACAUCCAUCGACCCCGCAGGCUACCUCACCUCUCUCUCCUCCACCGCCAUCAAGACGUCCGCUGAGAUUGGGGACAUAAAAAAGGCCCGCUCCCUACUCGACUCUGUGAUCAAGACCAACCCCUCCCAUGCGCCCGGCUGGAUCGCCGCGGCCCGCGUCGAAGAGGUCGCAGGCAAACUCUCCAAUGCACGAAAAAUCAUCCAGCAGGGGUGCGACCACUGUCCCCGAUCCGAAGACAUCUGGCUCGAAGCUGCGCGGCUCAACACAAACGAAAACGCAAAAGUCAUCCUCGCACGGUCGAUACAGCACGUCUCGCAGUCUGUUAACAUCUGGCUCAAGGCGACGGAGCUCGAAAUUGACACAGAAAGCAAGAAGCGCGUGCUGCGCAAGUCGCUCGAAUACAUACCGAACAGCGUUAAGCUGUGGAAGGAGUUAGUCAACUUGGAAGAGAACCCGCAGGACGCACGGAUUCUCUUGAGUGGUGCAGUGGCGGCUGUGCCGAUGAGCAUCGACCUUUGGUUGGCGCUAGCACGGCUGUCUUCCCCAGAGGAUGCCAAGAAGGUGCUCAACGAGGCGCGAAAAACGAUUCCGACGAGCCACGAGAUCUGGAUCGCAGCGGCGCGGCUGCUGGAAGAGACCGAGGGUGAUGACGUCAAAGUGGACAAGACGGUUGCUGCUGCGGUUCGCGCAUUGCGGAAGGCGGGAGCGGAGCUGUCGAGGGACCAGUGGUUCGCGGAGGCCGAGAAAGUGGAAAAGGAAGGAUCGCCGAUGGUGUGCUCUGCGAUCAUCAAGGCGACGAUCGAGCAGGACGUUGAGGUGGAGGAUCGGCGAGCGGUGUGGGUGGAGGAUGCGCAGUCUGCGUUGGAGCGGGGGUGCAUCGAGGCGGCACGAACGAUUCUGGCGUACACUCUAGGUGUGUUUCCGGAUAGACCGACAAUAUGGACGCAGGCAGUGGCGUUGGAGAAGCAGCACGGGAGUCCCGACUCGAUGGCGGCGCUACUCGAGCGAGCAGUCACGAACUGUCCGAAAGCGGAAGAUCUCUGGCUCACCUAUGCGUCGGUCAAGAGCGAGGCGCUGGACCUCACCGGUGCGAGACAGGUGCUCAUCCGAGCAUUCGAUGCGAACAUCGGGAGCGAAAAGAUCUCGCUCGCCGCGGCGAAGCUCGAAUCCGAAUCUGGACAGGCUAUGGCGGCGGGUAAGCUGCUCGAGCGUGCCCGCGUUGAGGUGAACACCCCGCGCGUGUGGCUCAAGAGCGCCGUGUUUGAGCGCGAUCACGGCUCCCCCAACACCGCGCUUACCCUCGUUGAUCAGGCUCUAGCCAAAUUUUCGACGUUCGACAAGCUCUACAUGCUGGGUGCCCAACUCUGCCGGUUGAAGGGGGACGACAAGCAGGCGCGAGACUAUCUCAGCCGAGGCACACGUGCGUGUCCCACCUCGUCGCCGCUAUGGAUCCUCUCUGCGCGCCUCGAAGCCAGUCUUUCCCUGAUCAUCCGCUCUCGCGCCAUCCUAGAGCGGGCGAGGAUGCACAAUCCAUCCUCACCCACCAUCUGGCACGAAUCGAUCACCACCGAAUUGGCUGCGUCAAACGCAGCGCAGGCCAAAGCGUUGCUCGCUCGCGCGCUCCAGGUCCUCCCCGCAAGUGGGCUGAUCUGGUCCCUCGCUAUCGCACUCGAACCUCGACCCGGACGAAAAACACGCAUGGCAGACGCCCUCAAGAAGACCGGCGACGAUAGCUACGUCCUGUCAACGGUAGCUCAGCAGUUCUGGUUGGAAGGCAAAGUGGCGCAGGCUAGGAAGUGGUUUGCUAGAGCGACGAGCGCCGAUGGGAGUGUGGGAGACCACUGGGCCAUGUGGUACCGCUUCGAACAGCAGCAUGGGGACGAGGAAGCAAGGCAGGCUGUGGAAAAGGGGGCGGAGAGGACAAGACUCAGAUACGGUCUGGUUUGGCCUGCCAUCGCGAAGGAUCCGGCUAAUCGAGGCAAAAGCGUCGUGGAGGUGCUCCACCUUGUAGCGAAACAAGUCGUGCCGCUCAAGUGA